AUCCCACAAGGUCAAAAAUAAUCCACAGUUAUCACUGUAGUCACUCAUUUACCAAUUCAGCUACUUAGCUACCACACUCUUUGAAUCUUCUUUUCCAUUCUCAACUUCAACUUCAACCUCACCCUCUCACCACAAUAAACACUUCCAAACCUCUCAACAACCACCACCCUCAAAAUGAAGUUCUUCGCCGUCACCAUUGCCGCGCUCGUCGCCACCGUCGCUGCCAACAGCUACGAGACCUGCAAGGUCGUGACCGUCACCCAGACCAUCACCACCGGCGGCUACCCAGCCCACACUCCCUCCGGCCCAGGACCCGUUGGCCCAACCGCCCCAGCUCCCUACCCCGUCACCUCUGGAGCUCCCUACCCAUCUGCUCCCUACCCAUCCGCUCCCUACCCAUCCGCUCCCGCCCCAGUCCCCUCUGGCACCGGCUACCCCGUCGUGCCCGGCGUCCCCGGCACCGGCUACCCCAUCGUCCCCGUCGUCCCUGGCACCGGCUACCCAGCACCUCCCCCCGCCGGCACCGGAUACCCUCACGUCCCUCCCCCCGCCGCCGGAACCGGCUACCCAGCUCCCUCCGGCACCGGAUACCCCGUCAAGCCCUCGCAGCCCGCUGAGUUCACCGGCGCCGCCGCUGGCCUCAAGGUCGGCGGCGCUCUCGCUGGUGUCGGCGCCUUCGCUGCUUUCUUCUUGUAAAUCAACAUCGGAUUUCGAUCGUGAGUGAGUGAGUUGACGUCACGGGGUGACUGCUGCUCGCUCGCUCGUGCUUCUUUUCUUUUCUUGAAAUGAAAUCGGACGAUUCCUCUGUUUUGUUUUGCAAGCGAGAUACCAGAUACCACUUUACAUACAUUCACCGGCGUACCAUACGUCCAUCAUCAAUCAUGGGGUUUCGACGGGGGAGGCGGGCUUUUCAAGGGGCAGGUUCUUUGGAGAUGGAAUAUCGAACUAUUGUUCUUAAUUUGUAAUGGAUGAACGGAAGGCCCCCUCCCACAGUUGAAGUUCAGUGAUAGUGAUGGAAAAGGAAAGGAACACUUUAUACCCCCCCCGGAUCUGCUGGAGAUGGGUUCCUUUCGUGUGCGAUGAUUAACAAUCAAAACU